AUGAAAAAUCUUCUAUCGCGGCGAAAAUGGCGCAAGAGCCCUCCUAAUGUCACGCAAGAGACAGCCCUCGACCAACCUGCCACACACCUCGAAGAAGACGCUUCUACCCCUCAAGAUCUUCCGCAGUCUUCCUUCCCGGAUGGAAUAGAAGUGUUACACGACUCCAUUGACGCCACUGUUGACGUCUGUUUUGUCCAUGGCUUGACCGGUGACCGAAAAACCACCUGGACUGCGCCUGGGAAGUCCACGCCCUGGUUGAAGACGCUCCUUCCACUGCAUCUUGAGAAAGCCCGUAUAAUCACCUAUGGAUACGAUGCAUAUAUUAUGCGAAAAUCUGUGGCCUCGUCAAAUCGGUUGAUUGAUCAUGCUACAAAUCUCCUGAGUGACCUCACAAACGACCGAAGCGACUGCCAGGCACCAUCUCGUCCGCUGAUCUUCGUCGCCCAUAGUCUAGGUGGCCUGGUUUGUAAGAAGGCCAUCCUUCUCUCGCGACAUAACCCGGAACCCCAUCUCCAGGAUGUCUUCCAGAGCACGAAAGGCAUUAUAUUCAUGGGCACUCCCCACAAAGGAGCUUGGGCUGCUGACUGGGCCAAGAUCCCAAUAUCUGCUCUUGGCCUUUUUAAGUCUACAAACGUUAUGCUGCUGGAUGUCUUGAGACGAGAUAGCCAGCUUCUUGAGUCUAUUCAGGGUGACUUUUUGGCCAUGGUGCGAGGGCUACGAGAAAGUCACCGAGGUAUAGAAAUCACUUGCUUUUUCGAAGAGCUUCCCUUGCCAGUGUUUGGAUUAGUUGUAUCCAAGGAUUCGGCAACUCUUGAGGGAUAUACCCCCCUGACUAUUCAUGCAAACCACAGCGAUAUGGUUCGCUUUGCAUCCAAAGAAGAUAAUGGGUUUAAAAGACUACUGGCAGAGCUGAAAAGAUGGAUAUCACAACUCGAGGCGAACAGAGACGGCCAACAACUACCCAUUAGAGGUCAGCCAGCGGUGGUCGGUCGAUAUUUAAUUGAGUCCGAUGGCCAGAGUCACCUAAAAGAGCUGCCGACGAGCAAUUCGUGCGGUGAAAGUGGUUCCAAUGAAGACAUUAAGGGGAGAGGUCUUGGAGGAAGCCGGAAUCGUUUCCAAUUGCCUCAUGAGCAAGACGGACAAAACUCUCGGGGGAAUGGAACUCCCUACAAAGGCAAGAUAACCCCUCCUAUAUAG